CUGUGCUUUCAGCAGUCAGCUGUCAACAGGCUGGGCAUGAAAUGAGGCUCAAACAACGACGCAGUACGUGGAAGUGAUAACAAUACAACGUUUUGUUACUGUCCUGUAAAACUGUUCAUAUCCAUUCAGUGGAUUUUGUAAUCGUGCUUGCUCGAGAGAUGAUGAACUCGGGACACGAUCAUUGAACACUAUGGACAUGUGAGACUCGACAUGAAUGCAGACGCUGAGGCGAUGCUGGAUUGAAUGGCACUGAGGAUACGAGGCUGUGACCCAGCAGGAGCGCUGCGAUGGCCAGCUGCCACAGUAGCCAUGCGGACACCGCCGAAGCUCCUCCUCCUUCAGCCUCACGGCCGCCAGCCAUGCCCAAGCUCCACGUCCAGGGCUCGCUGUCCCGGAAGUCCAUCACCAUCCACUUCUCGCCCCUGGGCGAGGAGGAGAAGGAGGAGGAGCUCUAUGGGGCAGUUGUGUCCUCUCCUCUUCCCACUGCUGGACCCAUAAAGGACCCCCCAGGCAUUGUGACGGCCCUGGAGGCCAGCGAGGAUCUGAUCCUUGAUGGAGCCGGGUUGGACUCUGCAGUUGUGCCUAUGUUGUCCUCAACUGGUCCUCAAAGCUCCACCUCCACGUUACCCUCUGAACUGAAAAGCUCCUCUCCUUCCCCUGCCACCACCUCCAAAUCCACUUCCUCCACCUCCAAAUCCACUUCCUCCAAGUCUAGCGACAAACCUUUCUUCAGCCUGGUCAAGUCUCUAUCCUCUGACAUCAUUGAGACUUCUGAAAAUGUCUCCAUCUCCCCCGCUGCCCCCACUUCCGUGCGCCACUGCCACCCGAUGAAAACCCUGGUCAAGUCACUCUCCUCUGACAACUCCCAGGAAUCCCCCCCUUCCUCCUCCUCCUCGCCCUACCGCCUCUCGGACUCCCGCCUCAACCUGCACCUCUUCAAGCAGUUCACGCAGUCCCGUGCCCCGGUAGCUGUCGUUGCCGGGGCUGACUCAAAGACCGCCCCCUCCUCGACGCUCACCUCCCCAGACAGCCGCAACUUCUUUAAGGCGUCCGUGGAGGCGAGCAUCGAGGACACUAAGCGCCGUUUCUCCGAGGCCAUCUACGAGCCUCUCCAGCUGUUCAAUAAGAUCAUGGAGGACAAGACUGGAGGCAUUGGCAGCAGUGCCUUUCGGUCCAAAGCGCUCUCGUCCAGUGCUUCGGAGCUCACCUGCCUGGCCUCCCUCAACAACGGCCAACCGGAGAGCAACAACAACUACAGCAUCAAGGAGGAGGAAACCGGGGAUGAGUGGGAGUCCGAGGGAACCGGAAACGGAGCCAGCUCUCCAAAUCCCACCUCUGACACCAGAAGUCCUAAAAUGUCUUCCACCUCUCUCAGCCUGGACAAUUGCUCCAUGUCAGCCCUGUCCAAGCUGGAGGACGAGGACUUCUGUAUCCUGUCUAGUGAGGACUUUGAGGAUAUCGAGGGGGAUUAUGGAGUCACAACCGACGAUACAUGUAGCCAAGUCAGACUGCCGCCUAGUGGCAGUCCAGAACUAUGUAGUGACGACAAGUCAGAGGGAGAAGAUCUGCCACCCAGCAUUCCACACUACACCCUGAUCAUCAUCACAGCGCUGGUCUACGGGUACUUCGUGUUGCCCCUGCCCACCUACGUUGGGGGUAUGCUGCUGGGAGUGGGACUAGGGUUCAUGCUAGCUAUCGCUGUGGUGUGGUUGGCCGGACCCAAGCCUUCUGGCAAUCGCACCAGACAUCCCAGACACCAGGGGAAGCUGAGGAACAUGGCCCAGCUGGGCAUCAAAGAGCCAAGCAUCUUCAAGGGCUGGAUGAACGAGAUAGUGAACUACGACCCGGAGACAUAUCACGCCACUCUGACCCACUCUGUGUAUGUGAGACUGGAGGGCUCCAUCCUGCGCCUGUCCACACCCAACCGCAACAUCGCCCGGCGGGCCACCCAUAACGAACCCAAGCCCGACGUCACCUAUAUCAGCCAGAAGAUCUACGACCUCACUGACAGCAAGAUCUAUCUGGUGCCCCAGAGUCUGGCCAGGAAGCGUGUGUGGAACAAGAAGUACCCUAUCCGCAUCGAGCUGGCCAAGCAGGACGACUUCAUGUCCAAGGCAGAGGGCGACCACAGCGAAACCACACACGAGAGAACCACGGCCACAGGAGAGGCGACCGUGGGGACGGAGGAGGCCAAAAGGUCCGGUGGUCCUGAACUGACCCUGUACCUGUUUGGUCGGACGGGGAGGGAGAAGGAGGAGUGGCACCGGAGGAUCCUGUUGGCCUCCAAGCCCCCCAAGACAGGGAUGAAGAGAGUCACUGGUCUGCAGGGGAGUAAGACUGCCUUGAGCUCCCACAGCCGCAGCAGCAGCCGGAGCAGUCUGGACGAGGUGCUAGCGUCUCAGCCAAGGACCAGGGACUCAACAGCAGGCAUAGCAGCCAAGUCCCUACUGGACUACAGUGUCUACAUGGCCACCCUGGUGCCCCCCGAGACUGCCACUGCCACGCCCAUCGCUGCCACUAGUCCCGUAGUCCAGAGUCCACAGAGUAGCCCUGGGUCGGGCAGCAAGUUGCAGAGCAGCAGCAGCUUUGACCCUGUCAUUUUGCUGGGGGAGGAGGAGCCUGUUGCCUGGGUGAACUCUGCGAUUGGCCGGGUGGCAUGGGACUUCCUGGGCGAGCCCUACUGGGCUGAUGUGGUCUCCAAGAAGAUCCAGAUGAAACUCAGCAAGAUCCGGCUCCCCUACUUCAUGAACGAGCUGACCCUGACAGAGCUGGACAUGGGCGUGGCCACUCCCAGAAUCCUUGGCGCCUCCAAACCCUCAGUUGACCAUCAAGGUCUGUGGUUUGACUUGGAGAUUUCGUACAGCGGCUCCUUCCUGAUGACCCUGGAGACCAAGAUGAACCUGAUCAGACUGGGGAAGGACGGCGACUGUAUGCGCUUCAGAGACCUCAGCAAGGAUGGGUACAGACCACGGACGUACUGCCUAGCUGACAGUGAUGAGGAGUCAUCCAGUGCUGGGUCCUCAGACGAAGAGGAUACUUCAGAGGUCACCAAUGACGUCCCUGGAACAGAGGGACACAUGGGGGGCCGCCAGCCCAGUAAGAUAAUGCGCUUCGUGGACAAGAUCGCCAAGUCCAAGUACUUCCAGAAGGCCACCGAGACGGAGUUCAUCAAGAAGAAGAUGGAGGAGGUGUCCAACACGCCCCUGCUGCUCACCGUGGAGGUUCAGGAGCUCAGGGGCACGUUGGCCGUCAACAUCCCACCCCCGCCCACUGACAGGAUAUGGUAUGGUUUCAGGGGUCCACCCCACCUGGAGCUGAAGGCUCGGCCCAAACUGGGAGAGAGAGAGGUCACACUGGCCCACGUCACCGACUGGAUCGAGAAGAAACUGGACCAGGAGUUUCAGAAAAUCUUUGUCAUGCCAAACAUGGAUGACCUGUGGCUGACCAUCAUGCACUCUGCCAUGGACCCCCGCUCUUUUGGAACGCCCUCCACCGUCGAUACGACCCAGAGGGAAACGGAGCCUUCCGAAACAGAGGGGGGCACCACUAACGGCAUAUGAAGGAUUGUUUACAGUAUUUGCCUGAAACGUGUGAAUUAGAAUGGGAGCCAGGUGGCUUUGAAGUAGUAUAAGGCGCUAUUGGUGCAUAAGGACAUACAAAAAUACUUCUGUUACCACAUUGACAUUCCAAUAGCUCCAUACCCAAGGGUCUUUUUUGUCACUGGCAGAACAGGAUGACCUCAGUCAUCAGGUGAACUUUGACUUUUUAACAAGCUCACUGACCGAACGAGACAGAAGUCAGUCAACCAACCAGGAAGGAGAAACACUAAAAAUAAAAACUGACUUUCUGCUCUGUUUUUUUUAAUCUGUGUAGGAUGAACAGACUUAGAAAAGUCGAUUUUACUCAGAAUGGCACAAAUGUAACAGUGAUACAACCUAGUGGUAUAGGUGGAGCGGUGUGGAGAGUUUCUGUGAGUUAUAAGGUUACACAGUGUCCUAUGAACACAUGGUUAUUUCGCAUUCGCCGUUCACCUUACGUCCUAGGUAGGAAACAACUUAUGUUUGGGGACCCAAAUCAAGAGGGAGAAUGAAGUGAAAAGAAAUGGUUGAAUGAGACGGGCAACCUCUAGAUUAUACUUUUGUUAUUGUACGGGUAUGUCUGCAAGAGAGUGCAUGUGUGUGUGAAGCCUGACAAUGAAAGCAGGAGUGCAUACUUUUGACAAUGUCACAUGUAUUAUUUGCCAUAUGAUAUAAGACAUCUAAUGCACCCUAUGCUUUGUCCAGGUGAACACUAAGUGUAUUCACUUGUGUUGUGACCCCACAUCUCUUACUGCUCGGGGUAGAAGUACCCCCUUUACCACAGGUCUAGAAUCAGAAAAUCAGAAGCUUCUAAAUCCAUGACAUCAUUUUCUGGAAUUUUCCAAGCUGUUUAAAAGCACAAAUUACCCCAAAUCCUAACCGUUUUGUGGAUGAGAAAAUGUCUGACCCUAUAGCAGUGGUAAGGGGGAAAGUUCUACCUAAAGUAUUCCCCUCUUAACUGUACACCACACCGCUUUAUAUGCAAAUGAUCACUGUGUCCAUAUCUGUAUGGAAGCAGCUAUAUGAAGCCCCUCCCCUCAAUUUUCUCUGCAAGCCAAUGCUAUAGGGUUAGCCGUCAUUACCUAGGCAACACGUGUCUUUAAUUCACUAAUGCCUAUGCAAGUUCCUUGCUAACUAAGGACAUGGACAUGAGGUGAGCAAUGAGAAAAUAGUGUAUAUAUAUAUAUCUUGUAAAGAUAUGUAUUUCUGAAAAGGUGUACAUAAUGGGCCUUAACACUUUUGUUGAAUGUAUGUAUGUAUGUAUGGCUAUAUUGACAUUGGACUGUUUUAUUGUUAGUUGUAUGGAAACUAUUCCUAACCAAUCACAUGGAUUAUGUUGAUUGGGGUAUGCCAAGUAUUGCACAACUAAAACAGAAGUUUUGAUUGAUGUUUUCCUUGUAAACACUAUUAAUGAAAUACCAUCUACAGACAUGUAUUGCAUAUUUGCAGUGCUAUUGUGUUAUGCUCUCUAGCAUGUACAAUACCCGUGGCACAUGUUGAGACCAUUCCUGUUGUAACCUCGGAACAACAGGUUUUCAUGUUUGUUUGUUUUUUCAAAUGAUGUAGGAAGUGUUAUGCUUUUUUUUUUUUUUUAAAUGUUGUUUUAUGUAUUUUCAAAUGGCCAUCAUCCACAGUUGCCAAUGCAUGGAAAUGAGCCCCCUUGCCAGACAUGCUAAAUGACACUUGGUAGAGUUAAACUAUAUGAUGUACUGUGCCCUUUGCCCAAACCAUCAUUAAUAUUAAAAUAAACUGUUAACUCAAACCAUAAUUGUAGUCUCAAAUCAUCACUAUUGAAGUCUGAAUCACCUCCUAUACUCUACUGUUAUGUUUUCUUCAGUUUGAGUUUAAGUUUUAAAUGCACAGUUUUAGCAUUGGAUUUGUUUACAUUAAUUCCUAUUUGUUUUUCCAUUCGUUCCAUUUAUUUGUCAGGACACUAAAGAACUGUUGUAGAAUGUCAUUGAUGAAGGUUUUUAACUUUCCUUCUACUUCUAAUUCCAAUACUUCUACUUCUAAUUUGGUUUCUUGUUUAAUUUUCGUUUUAGCGAUUAUUCAGUUAGUAAUAUUAUUAUUGGAACCCUUGAUAAAGAUGAGGCAAAAAUACUCAAAUAAAUGAUACAAAUACUGCGCUAUUAUUGCAUGCAAUUUUGUGUUGAAAAUUUGAUUUAUUGUAUAUUAACACAAUUGCCCAGAGAAAGAGAUUUAGUUUCAAAAGUAAUAAAACAAUUCUCAAAAAGAUAGGUGUCAAAGUUAUUGGCCCCCCUGUUUUCAGUACUCUAGCACCGUACCUUUGUGAGGAUAAUGACACUGAGCCUUUAAAGAAAAAGAUUAGAGAACACAGUGGGAGGGAUCUUGGACCGUUCAUCCAUACAGAAUCUUUCCAGAUCCUUGUUAAGGGGAUGGUGCUAAGACUAUUGAAAACAGGGGUGCCAAUCAUUUUGACCCCUCUUUUUUUAUUUUCUUUAAUUGUUUAGCAAAAUCUCGUUCUCUGAGCAAUUGUAUUAGUAUAAAUAAUAUAAUUCCCCAGUUUUUUGGAGUGUACAAAAUAGCUUAGUAUUUGUAUUUAUUUUAUACAGUAUUUUUGCUCAUCUUUAUGAAGGGUGCCAAUAAUUAUGGACCUGAAUGUAGGUCUAGUACCAGGUUGGAUUUAGAAUGUUUUGUAACGCUUUGUCUGCUUUCCUGAAAUACAAUGACAGAAUAAUGGUAUGAAUAGCACAUCAGAUUUAUAAUAAUAAAGAGUUGAUGAUUCUGCAAAUAGAUGGCUUAUUUAGAUUUUUAAGGACAAAUUUGUUGAGCCUCAUCCAUGUCUACUGCUUGGCUGAAACUUGGUCUCUUAGUUGGUUGAGACCAAAUUUCCCUAAAGGAAGUGCUUUAAAAUAAUGCCUUUUUAUUUUUACAAAUGUUGAUUUAGCAGGCCUUGUUAUUUUCUGUUAUUGAUUUUGUAUGACUGAAUUGCAAUGGUAUUGUGGUACAAAAGAUUAAAAAAAAUAUCAACUUGCUUUGUAAUUAUUUGCUCUUGAUUGAAAUAAAGAUUUUUUUUUAAUAAACCAA